CCCCAGUAUUCUACAACAUCAACCAAUUCGACCCUUUCGUCAAUGGUUACAAAUUUGUUAUUCCGAAUGAUUUAACAGUAAUACAUCUAUACUCAUGGCUACGAAUCCUAAAGUCGGUGACCGAUUAUCCUACGACGGAGCUGUAUGUACGGUCCGCUAUAUUGGUGAGGUCAGCGGUACAUCUGGUAACUGGCUUGGCGUCGAAUGGGACGAUCCAUCUCGAGGAAAACACGAUGGCUCUCAUAAAGGUGUAAGGUAUUUUGCUUGCCGGUCUAAAUCAGCCACCGCUGCAUCCUUCGUACGACCAACUCGCCCCGCAGAGAAACCUCAGAGUUUCGUUACGGCGGUGACAGAUAAAUAUGCGUCUGAGCUGGCGAAGACAAUUGCCAUUAAAUUCUCAAAUAAAGUAGCAGAAGAAGUUGGGUUCGACAAGAUCCAGCGCAAGCAAGCUCAGCUAUCCGAAUUAAAAGUCGUCAUCGUCGAUGGCGCACGAAUUGCAUCGGCUUACUUUGAUGGUAAUGAACGCAUUAGCCAAGUCUGCCCGAAGAUAGUUGAGCUAGAUCUCAGCCGAAACCUUUUCCAAAAAUUAAAUACUGUUGUGGAUAUUUGCUCGGAAUUGCAGUCAUUGCGAAGCUUGCGAUUGAAUGGCAAUCGGUUUCAGGACAUAUUCAACGAUGACGGUCUUGAAAGUGCGAAUGACGCCCUGAGGGGAGUCAAAGACCUAGCUCUUGAGGAAACUCUCAUGAGCUGGGAAGAGAUAUGCCAUAUUGCAACCAAGUUUGAGACGCUCUCCACACUCUCGGCCAGCGCAAAUCAAUUAUCAUUCUUACCAGAAACGCCACUCUUAACGCUAUCAUCUACUUUGGUCUCUCUAGAUUUGGAAUUUAACAAUUUCACCGCCGUCGCCAAUCUUGCUAGUCUCUCUGGAUUGACCGCUCUCCGCAAUCUUCAUCUGAAGGGUAACGCCAUAUCUACCGUCACAAAAGAUCCGACCCAUAACCCACCAAUAUUUUCGUCAAAUCUGAGAUAUGUGGACCUAUCAUACAACCAAAUAUCAUCAUGGAAAUUCGUCGAUACCUUGCCAAUAUGUUUCCCUGGCAUGACUUCUCUCCGCUUCUCCCACAACCCUAUUUACGACAACCCAGAUCCCGAAUUUUCCACCCAAUCUAAGACCAUUACGGAGGAAGCGUACAUGUUUACAGUUGGCCGUCUUGCAAACCUCAAGACUUUGAAUUUCAGUACAAUCUCCAAUUCCGACCGUCAGGACGCAGAAGUCUACUAUUUAGGUCGCAUUGCCAAACAUCUAGCUACGGUACCUGAAGGCCAAGAGGCGGAUAUAAUCAAGCAACACAAGCGUUACGCUGAGCUAUGCGAAUUAUACGGAGAACCCGUAGUAAACAGGCGGAAGGAGAUCAACCCAGCAUUUCUAGAAGCCAGACUGGUCACGGUGCACUUUGUUUUCCAUCCUUCUACUAGUGAAACGGAUAAAGUUGUGGAGCGAACAACUAGGAUUCCAAAGAGCUUUGAUAUUUACGCUGUUAAGGGGAUUGCUGGCAAGCUGUUUGGCGCGAAAUCGCUUGGAUUGCGCUUGAUCUGGGAAACAGGGGAAUGGGAUCCGGUUGCGGGGUUCGAUGAUGAAGUGGAAGACAGUAGCGAUGAAGAAGAGGAAGAAAAAGAGGAAGAGCAGAGAGAACCGGUAAUAUCCGAAGAGUUAGGCGAGAAUUCUCAACCAGAUGGCAAGACUGGUAAGUGGGUCAAGCGGGAGGUAGAGCUGCACGACGGGCCACGGCAGCUUGGGUUUUGCGUUGAUGGUUUAGAUGCGAGAAUCAGAGUUGAGGCCCGAUGAUGCCCGGAUGUUUGUCGAUAGACAUGAACCAAGAACGUUGAAGUUGUGAUCAAAAGCUUACAUUUUAACCAACUAAACCGAUAGCAGCGUAAGAAACCUCCCGGAAAGAUAUUAACAGUAGGGCCAACAAUUUGACUAUGAUAUAUCUUGACUCUGGAUUUAGCUAGAUACCUAAACAAUCGACAACAUUGCUACAAGCGACAGCCU